AUGCUCUUUGGAAUUCUACUACAAGGCCUUUUCAUAUUCUUGGUGUUAGCCACUUCUCUACCCUCAAGAAACAUCCAACCUAUCGAGAAGCGUACUUCUCCCCAGAUAAAAGGAUACGACAGCUUACAAAGGACUCAGAUCAAAGAUGGACUCACCGAUGCCCUCACAAUGGCGAAGACUGUUCUAACCGCUGAUGAUGCCUCUGUGGACAAUAUCUUGAAGAAAUACUUCCCAAUCGCCGACAAGUCUAAGAUUGUUGGUGUGUUCGAAAAGAUUACAGGUGGGGAGUCGAUGGAAUAUGAGGGCGCCGCUAUACUCCGUCGCCUAACCAUCGCUGAUGACGACGAGGAUAUAACAGAAGAAGAAAGAGAAGACGAAGGAGUCCUUCUGAACUAUAAGAGUAUGAACGCGAUUAUGGUUCUCUUCCCGUAUGCAUUCGAGAAGGGUGGAAUCGAUAAAGGCUACACUGGCGUCGCUGCCGUGACCUGCCAAACUAUUGGGAAUCAACUGAGCGAGAGUAUGGAAACAACAGGAUCCGUGAUCUUGCAUGAGUUUAUGCAUUGGCAUUACUUAACAGUUCCGCCGUUGAGUACUGAGGCAGAUGAUCUUGAUAAUGGUUAUGGUCCCUAUAACGUGAGGUAUACGGUUCCUCGGGAUCAGGCCAUCAAGAACGCUGAUAGCUUCACCUGGUUCGCGAUUGAGACUUUUUGGACAAAGCACUGUAGCCAUGAGUUUGAAGACCCCGAUAAUUGUUUGGAGUAUGAAUAG